AUGCGAGUGAUCAUCAUCGCUGCCCUGCUCGCCGUCGUCGCCCACUCCAGGCCGGCCUCAUCCGCGGGCAAUGAGAUGAAGGAUCUGAUGGACCAGCUCAAGUUUGACAUUGAUGAGAUGCUGCCGAAGGAGCUGACUGAGCACUUCUCCUCCGACCUCUCUGACUUCCUGAAGAGCCUGGACUUCAUGGACCUUAUGAGCAUGAUGAUGCUUGCCAAGGAGAAGGAGAACCUGAAGACCCCGGACCAGCUCCUGCAAGCUAUCAAGCGCGCCAACCCCAACACGUACGAGAAGGUGAACAAGCUCGUCGAGGCGUACAAGAAGCGCUACGACGCUCUGACGCCCGGCGCCAAGAAGUUCUUCGAGGGCUCCGAGGGCUCGGGCUCAGGCUCAUUUGUGAAGAUCGAGAUUCUGUCGAAGGUUACGGAGACUGGAGCUUUGGAUGAGAAGGAGCGCCGGCUGAAGAAGGGCCAGGAAGAAUUCAAGAAAUUGGCUGAUGAGGACAAGGAAUCCAUUCAAAAGCAGUUGCCCUUCAUCUACAAGGUUCUCUCCGACCCCGAGUUCAUCGAUAAUCUGAAGCCACUACUCGAGAAGAAGGCGAAGGAGCAGAUGAGCAUGGAAUCA